AUGUUUGCUAAAGUUAAACCACGCACCCCUCUGGGUAACAGCCAGGCCCAAUUUAAGAACCAACUGGCCAAAAACGUCUCUCAAUUGAAUCGCAGUUUUCCAACAGCCGCGGAACUUUUGCGCAAAAGUAGCAGCCAAUUGCGGCAAACUAAAUUGACUGUCUGUCGUAAGGAUAACAAACUGAAGUACGAUGGUUUCGUGGAUGAAGCUGUGGUAAUUAGGCCCAAAAAAGAAUUUGUCUACGUUCCAACACCGAAUAUCCUGGAAAAAUCCAGUUGCGAGGUCCCAACAGAAAAGGAAGCACCAGGGUUACCAGGUUCCCCGAUGUCGAAACCUGGACGAAACUUAAUAAGCUUGAUCGGUCGCGUGGAUUUUUGCCUUAAAACUCACAAAAUGUAUCCGGAAAUUAACGCUAUUUGGAAUGUUUAUGGAAAAUUGUUACGGAUCAUUGUGGGAAAACGUGGAGAGCACACACUGCUCGUGCGAAACAAAGAAUCUGGACCCGUACUACAGGGAAUUUACUACGAUUUCGAAGGCGUUAUGAGUUCUUGGAGCCCAGGCUGCUUCGUCCAUCUCGUGGGCCAGUUUAUUGGCGAAAAUCGUUUGAAGACAUUUAAGAUUGCCCAGGUAAGCGAUAUUGACUGGCAACAGCAAUUUAUGCGCAUUGAAAAUGUGUCAUCGUAUAUUCUAAUGCAAAAUACUGUGCACAAGUAAUUUAUUUUUUAAGGAUAUGGUAAUAAACAGUUUUCUUGAGAUUUUUAGGCGGCCAGACGACAGUGUACUUCUCAUAAGGUAGCUUAAGCUUUUCGAUCCUGGCCUCUAAUCAACAGUUAAAUGUUUCAUUUUGUACUUUUGUAGUUUACAAAUCAUGAAUAAUUUAUAGAUUUUGUAAGUAACUUAUAAUUGAUAUACUAGGAACUAAGUUAGCUUCAUAAUGCCCCUUGACGAUUCUCACCAGGAGCAUUGCACAGUUAGGACUACAAUAAAUACAAAAUUCAAAGUAGGCGUAUAAACUCUAAUACUG